AUGUCCACAUCAAAGAACUUUGCGGGUAAAGUAGUGCUGAUUACCGGUUCAAGUGGUGGUAUCGGCGCCGUCACUGCUGUCGAGUUUGCCAGAUAUGGGGCUCAAGUGGUGAUCACCGGUCGUAAUGCCGACAACUUGUCAGAAGUGGCCAAACAAUGUGCGGCCGUUUCACCCAAAGGCCUGAAACCACUGGAAGUGUUGGCAGACGUGUAG